UCUUAAAUCUCAAGUGAUUUACUAUUUUCUUAUUCAAGACUCAAUUUUUAAUCUUGAUUAUCAUGGCCUGUUCUAUAAAGCUAUCAUCUUUAUCAAUCACACAUUCAAAUUUGAUUUCAAAAAGGGAUUAUAAUCAAAAUCUUGGAUUUUUAUCAUUUUCUUCAAUCCCAAAAUCAAAGAAUCAAAAAUGGGGUUUUUCUUAUUCAAUCAAAAAACCUCUUUACAUAUCAAGAAUUGAAAAUCCCAAAGCAUAUGAAGCUGACAAGUCUCAGUCUUUAGAUUUAAAUAUUGAGUUGCCAAAAUCACAAGUCGAUGGUCAGAGGGUUAAAAUUGGCAUAUAUUUUGCUAUAUGGUGGGGUUUAAAUGUGGUUUUUAAUAUAUAUAACAAGAAAGUUCUAAAUGCAUAUCCAUUUCCUUGGUUGACUUCUACUUUGUCACUUGCUACUGGUUCAUUGAUUAUGUUGAUUUCAUGGGCUAUGAAAAUUGCUGAAUUCCCAAAAACAGAUUUUGAAUUUUGGAAGAACUUGUUCCCUGUUGCAGUUGCUCAUACAGUUGGGCAUGUAGCAGCCACUGUUAGUAUGUCUAAAGUUGCUGUUUCCUUCACUCAUAUAAUCAAGAGUAGUGAACCAGCUUUUAGCGUGUUGGUUUCGAGGUUUUUGCUUGGUGAGACAUUUUCAUUACCAGUAUAUUUAUCGCUUGUGCCUGUUAUUGGUGGUUGUGCAUUAUCAGCUGCUACAGAGCUCGAUUUCAACAUGACUGGUUUUAUGGGAGCAAUGAUAUCAAAUCUUGCAUUUGUGUUUCGAAAUAUAUUCUCAAAGAAAGGAAUGAAGGGGAACUCUGUUAGUGGAAUGAACUAUUACGCGUGUUUAUCUAUUAUGUCUCUGUUAAUUCUAACACCUUUUGCAAUCGCGAUGGAGGGGCCUCAGAUGUGGGCAUUAGGAUGGCGAGACGCUUUCUCACAGAUAGGACCUAACUUUGCUUGGUGGAUCGUUGCACAAAGCAUAUUCUAUCACUUGUAUAACCAAGUGUCAUAUAUGUCCCUGGAUGAGAUUUCUCCCCUGACGUUUAGCGUAGGAAAUACAAUGAAGCGGAUAUCUGUAAUUGUUUCCUCCAUCAUUAUCUUCCAUACACCGGUCCGACCCAUCAAUGCACUUGGAGCUGCCAUUGCAAUCCUUGGAACCUUCAUUUAUUCACAAAACACCAUGUUCAACCGUUUUCCUUCUGUGUUGUUUUCGAGCAGUCAAAACAAUAAGGUGAUUGGAGGUACGACGAUGUUGAUGCAGCUAUUAUUGCUAUUAGAUCAACGAGAAUUGGAGUGA